GAAAGUCGAAAUGAUGAGAUACCAACUGCGCAUGUGCCGCAGGUUUCUUCGUCAACUGUCUCACAAAAUGGCGAGACAUUUGUGAACAGCCACAUCCCUUUUAUUAUUUCGAUGCCUCAAAAUUCUUUCCAAUGUGCGUUUGCUUAGUACAACUCACCAGCAAAUGAAGUAUUUCAUCACUUGUAAAGCCACACUUAAAGUACUCCUCAAUGUACUCACAAUCCAUGUCUGAACAGGAGAUAAGAGUUGCUGCUGUGACUCUGCUACAAAGCUAAUUUGCAAUUUCGAAUUUCUUAUCUCAAAAUUUCGACUUACCAUUGGGAUAAAUAUUUUUUUCAGUGGCGGAAACGGGCUUCCAUAAGUUUUUAAUUCCAAAUCUGAUUAAAAAUAGCUAUUUUUGAUUUCAUUAACGAUAUUUCAAGUGGGUGGUAUUGCUAAUGUUUUUAUGUCAUUUAACAGUGGUGGCUAUGCUCCUAUAUUUUGAAUGAAUGUAUUUGAAUAUAUAUGAAUGAAUGUAGUAGACAUAAAAAAAAAUCAAAAAAAUAAAAUAAUCCCAAAAAAAGGAACAAGAACCUUAACUUUCCCAUAAUUCAGAAAUGGAGAAAUACAAGAUUGCGGUCUAGUGCCACCUUAUGGAUCUCCAUGGAAGAUGUCACCUUGUAAUUGAUUGACGUCUGACGUACAGUAUGCCACAAUUGAGCAACAACUCGACCUAACAACACCACCCCUACAGUCAAACAAUCAAUCAAUUACAAAUGAACUUAGAACAUUUAUUGACAUUUUUUUCCAUGUUUUGUGCAAUUUUGCCUCUAAAGAAAAUGCGUCGGUCAUCAAAUGUAAAAGACAGUAGUCAUCACUUAUACGUUAUGUUUGUGGAGAUGAUAUCAAGAUUUGAUUUGUCCCGCCUGAACUUGAUACCCAACACAAAGAUUACCAGCAUACUGGCGUCCCGCGCGGGCCUGACGGAGAGGAUAUUACAAAAGCCGCGGUAGAAUAUUUAAUUCACACACAUAUACUAUAUCUCCAUGUUGCUUCUCAACAAUAUCCGCGUGGCGCACAAAAUACCACGGAGGUGCUUAAUAUGAAAGCAGAUAGUCAAAUCAGCUCACAGGGCCUGAAUGGAAGCCAAUAAACAGGCGCACGACACCCGCCCUGACCUUCACUUCUGUUGGCGAUGGAGGAGGCCGAUAGCGCGUGCAACCUCAAUAAAAGCCAAGCAAUGGAGUUAGAUACGUGGAUAUUAAAUUAAAGCAAAGGCGAUAGCUGCGGGAUGAAUGGGGACAAAAGUGUGUUUGCGGGUUUAAUAUCGUCUACAAUCGACGUCUGUUGAUACAUUGCUAAUCUUUUUUUUUGUAUUAUUUAUCUGGGAUUCAAUCAGCUUGUAUUGGAAGAUCUGUUUUUGCUACUCCAGUCUCAGCUAUGAAUGCAUUUUAGUCAAACUUAUAUACGUAAAAAAAUAAAACAAAAAAAAAAAAUAGUGAAAAACGAUAUUUAUCCCGCGGACUAAUAUGAUGUUUCGCUAGCCGCUCGUCUCAGUGGAUACCUAGCUCUCAAUUUUGCCACAAAGACUCAACAAGAUGUUCGUUUACCCGAGGACUGAUCACACGUCUUGUGCUGGAAGACACAGCCAUCCCAAUGAGAGCGGACAUUAGGUGGACUUACUGGUGUGUUGUGGAUCAUUGUCACCUCGGGGUCAUGAACAGAUGGCCGGAUAUUCUCUUCCAGGCCAUGAAGCAGCAAAACAAUCACAGACCAUCACACUACCACCACCAUAUUUUACCGUUGGGAGGAACCAUACGCUUCCCGGAGCGUAAUGGCAUGCAGCCACGAGCCAGCACCUGAGUUAACAUGGCCGAUUAUUCAUUUGCUGCCGCAACGUUGGGUCUCCUCGUGUGGAGAACAUCUUUUGAAAGGCUCCAUCAUACCCUAAUGAGGAUUAACGCCAUAGAAAACGCAUGGAUGGUUGGAGUUCUACUAUCAAUGUCAAUGCCAGUGACAAGUGCGUGCAGACCGACCUGUCCGGAAGUCCUCGGGAGCGCUUGGGAGUGUGACCAAUCACAGAGAAGUGUGCGUACCUAAAGGAAGGUUGGGGGUGGAGAACAGAAAAAAAGCAAAAAAUGUAUUAAUAAGAACACAGAAUAUUUCAAACAUGGGGGAAAUAGUCAUUAAUCAUUAUUAACGCAUUUGAAAACUGCGAUUAAUUUGAUUAAUCAUUUGACAGCCCUACUUUUUGCAUGGAUUCUGUAACCCUGCACUAAUAGUGUUAGAUCCUUUUGUUAGAUAGAACAAAACACACAGGAGGAUGCAAAUGUUCGGGACUUUCACUUACAUUACAUUCAUAAUUGAACAUGCUAGGUUAGCAUAUUCAUUGAAGAAAACCAAAAUGAUUCAACUUACAUCUCCCAACUCUGUUUAGUCCUUUUCUGUUUAUGAGGAAGGAUGUUUUUCCUUGACACGACAUGAAAAACCUGCAACAAACGUGAGCAUAUUUCCUCUCAAAAGUCACAUAACUGUUAUAAUAAGUCAAUGUUGCAUAAUGGGGACCUUUAAGGGACAUUUAACAAGGGUUGACACAGCUUUUGGGGGGGCCCUCGGUAGGCCGCGGAAGGCCGGGUCCUUUUAAAGGUUGCAGCCUCUGCCUGAAUGGGAAGCGGGUUUAAUGUGCUUCUGUGCUGCCUGUCACAUGUUGAUGCAGGAAGUGGCAUCCGUCACCGCCACGGCUCAGUCUCGUCUCACUCCAGGCCAAGAUGGAGCUCUCACCCUAGCAAGUCACCCCCCCCCCCCUUGCAGCCAGCGUCUCCUCGCAUCAGCAACACAAAUCACAACAUCACGAUGGCACAUUCAAGCACAUCCAGUACACACUCCCUCCCCCUUUUGUACCGUGUAUGCAUAUGUGCUGCUGCGACAAUAAUAAUAAUAACUCUACACCCGCCCACCUACACCCCCGCCCCCCGCCCCUUUACAAUGUUCCAUGCAACUCACAUGCUGCAGCACACAGUCCCACAUCUUUAACCGGAAAGUCCAAAGCGGUGCUGAUGCUGGGGGAUUGGAGGAGGGGGCGGUGUCGAUGUUUAAAAAAAAAAAAAAAAAAGUGCGGGGGCGUCAUCCGUCAGCUCCCAGGAGGGAAGACGUCUUAACAAGUCGACGGAGCAGACUUAAUUAAGACAGUCUUGUGGGAGGAGAAGGGCUGCUGCUUGACUUCUAUUGAAGUAUUUUAGCAGACCAAAAGGCCGGUUAGGACAUCACAGCAUAGCAUAGCAGUCCCUUGUGUGCCCUCUAGAGGCUGUGAGCGGCAUAGGGAUAUUUUCUCCAGACUUGGCACAAUAUAGUACAGUAAUAUAUUAUACCUUAUAAAUAUAUUAGAGAUAUAGAAUACAUCAAUUCAAUAAAAAUAUAGAAAAAUAGUAAAGCCACUGAAAGCACUUUUGUGUUGUUGUUGAAUGAGUUAAGUUUGAAAAUACAUUUUUAGUACAAUAAAAUGUAUAAAUUGAUUAGCCGUGACGUUUUGGUUGCCACCACAGCCAACCGCAACGAUCCAAAUUGCGCAUUAGCCUCAUUAAGUAUGUGGCGCGAAAGGGGGCUCUCAUUGGAGACUCCCUCCUUUCAAAAUGUUUGUGAGCGUCUGGUCCUCGGAGGGACAGGCUGCCAGCCGGAGGAGCCCACACACUGUCCGGCGGCGCGCGCGGAGGGGUGAUGCCUCCAGAGCGCAUCGCAGGGGCGACUAAAACCUCCCCGCCGGACGCAGCGACUCCACACCAAAGCUCGGACUCCACUCGUUUGUUGCGCUUUUACGCGCUGAGGCGAUGUAGCGGCAAAGCGGACAAGAGGGGGGUCUCCACCGGCGGGGACAUGCAGGGCGCGCGCGGAGGAGGCGACAGCGGCGGAGCGAGCGGCGACGCCGGACGGGUAUGAGCGGCGGGAGGAAGCGGAGCCGGCGUUGAGGAUGGACACCUCGGAGGUGUUCGUCUUCGCGCUGGUGCUCGUCAUCAUCGUGGUGUCUCUGCUGUCCAACGUGCUGGUGCUGAUCUGCUUCCUGUACAGCCCGGAGAUCCGCAAGCAGGCUCCUGGGCUCUUCAACCUCAACCUCACCUUCUGCAACCUGUUGCUCACCGUCGCCAACAUGCCGCUGACGCUGGCGGCGUUGGCUCGCCGCGCUCAGCCGGGCGGCGACGCCUUGUGCCAGGCGGCGGGCUUCCUGGAGACCUUCCUUUCCACCAACUCCAUGCUGAGCAUGGCGGCGCUGAGCAUCGACCGGUGGGUCGCCGUGGUCUUCCCGCUGCGCUACCACUCCAAGAUGCGCCACAGGGACGCCGCCUUGGUGCUGGGCUACACCUGGGCGCACUCCAUGUCCUUCUCCGUGGCCGCCACCUGGCUCUCCUGGCUGGGGUACCACCGCCUCUACGCCUCCUGUACGCUCGCCGCCCCCAGGGCCGGCGGCCGGACGCAGUUCGUAGUCUUCACGGUCCUCUUCCACUCCUUCACUUUCCUGCUCUCCUUCGUCGUGCUGUGCGUCACGUACCUCAAAGUGCUGAAAGUGGCCAGGUUCCACUGCAGGAGGAUAGACGUCAUCACCAUGCAGACCUUGGUGCUGCUGGUGGACAUCCACCCCAGUGUUCGCCAGCGAUGCCUGGAGGAGCAGAGGCGGCGGCGCCAGAGAGCCACCAGGAAGAUCAGCACCUUCAUCGGCACCUUCAUGCUCUGCUUUGCCCCCUACGUGAUCACAAGGAUCGUGGAGUUGUUCCCGGCGGUGCCUAUCAGUCCUCACUGGGGGAUGGUGUCCAAGUGUUUGGCCUACAGCAAGGCGGCGUUCGACCCCUUUGUAUACUCGCUGCUGCGCCACCAGUACAAGAAGACGUGCGGCGACAUCGUCAACCGGCUGCUCAAGCGCCGCUCCUUGAACACCGAUGGACGCGGGUUCGAGAGCCAGGGCAGCAGUAUACCGAGAGUGGAGUGACAGGACCAAAGGGGGGGGGGUGUAUUAUCUUUGGGACAUGUUUUAUUGGCGCAAGAGGAAGAGGACAUCCAUGGACUUCCUCAUCGGGUCAAAAACAGUAGUAGCUUAUACUCUAUUUGACCGUGCAGUACUACUAGAGUAUUUAUUUAUUUAAACAAAGUAAGUAAAAUGUAGCACUCAAACCAGACACGCAACCCUCAUGAUCAUGUCCCUUAAAUGCACCAUUUUACCGUAAAUACUCUAAUUAUCGCUGAGGUGUUUAUUUACCUGAAUUUUAUACUUUAAUAAUAAGUGGAAAGGCAAACUCUUUAUGAACAAAUAUAUUGCACAACAUGGCAGCAACAGAACCAAUGUUGUAAUGGCGCUAAGAAGAAAAGUGCUUUGCUAGCAAAUCAGUCCAUUCAUAAACAUUAAACAUGAAGCAUUAACAGGUACAGGUGAAAAAUUCAUACAAGAUUCUUUUUUUUUUUGUUUUUGCGAUGCUCAUGAAUUUUCAAACUCAGAAGUAAGUCCCUUUUAUGAAUUUUAACAAAUUUUUGAACUAUGAACUAACUUUGAAUAAUUUGUCAAUUAAUUAUUGAAAUUCUUUGAUAGAAUCAUCGUAAAAUAAAAAUGUAACUUAAAAAGUAAAAAGUUUGCUUUUCCCCCUACAUUACCAGCUUUUCGCCCUAAAAUUAAUUAACUUAAUUAUUUUUCAAAAAAUUAUGACUUAAAAAUAAACGCAAUAAAAAAAAAAAUUGGGAGGGGGGUACUGUUUUUUCCCAAAAUUUUGUUUACAUUUUUUCCCCCCCAAAAAUCAAACUUUGUUAAAGUUACAACUAGGGAUGUCCGAUAAUUAUCAGCCCGAUAUCAGCAUAAAAAUGUGAUAUCUGUUGAUUUCGGUAUCAGAUUUUUGUCUUGAUUGUGAAAACUGAUAUUUAAAAAAAUGCUGUAUACAACGCACAUGUUCAUUGCACCACAGGAGAUAUGUCACGUUACAAAAAUCGGUAUCAGAAAUUGAGAGUUUGACAAUAUUGGCAUAUCGUUAGCGGCAAAAAAGCCAACUUUGGACAUCCCGAGUUAUAACUUUUCCCCCAAAAUAUUACAUGAUAUAAAGUAUCUUCCUGUAAAUAUAAAUGAAUAAAUUAGCUUCAUGUUGAGGAAUAUGUUCUGGUAGUUUGUUUAAGUGGAGUACUGUAUGACACACCAAGACAAUGAAUGCCUUAAAUGCUGUUCUAUGAUAUGAGUCAUAUUAGUCAAGUACUACCCAUCCACAUACUUAUUGUAUCGGGAGAAUUAAGUCAUGCCUUAUUACCUCCGUUCAUGAUCUAGAAUCUCUACUUCUAUGUCUCUGAAGCUGAUGCUUUUACAUCUUUUAGGAACGUUAGUGAUUAUCUUUCUGAUAGGUGUUUAAAAAUGGUAUUUUUGUGUCUUUUUUUAGUCACAGAAUGUGUUUAAAAUCAGCUAUGUCGAUAUGACAAUACCUCUCUGGAAACUUCCUCGGCGAAUUGCUGCUGCUAACGAUGAUGACGCUGAUCAGAAUUGGAAGGGAAAUGUUCAAACGUGUUCAGGUUUUGUGGUUAAACUGUAAACGUAGCUGGUGUGAUUUGUGCGGGAAAGACACUUGAAGGUCAUAUUUAGCUAUUUUUCAGCACUGAUGUGACUAAAUAAUAAUAAUAAUAAUAAUAAAAGCUCUGAUUUAAACAGAAAAGAGUCAUCAUGCGUAACAAUGCACCUGUGCUUUUAACGACUCUGCCUGCAGGUGGCGGCGCGCUGCAUCACCCUGAGAGUUGUUUGUCAUGUUUUGCCUCCUCCAAAAUAUUAGAAACACCUCAGCGUGGGUGGUAAUGACACCUUGACACCUCAGGGAGCGAGUUGGAGCACACGGACGGCCAAUGAACUCCGCCAGCUAAAGUGAGAAGUGGACACCUUCGCCUGUUUGUCUCAUCGCAUCCUUUGUACCUUCAAAAUAUCAGG